AUGGCGAACCCUGAGCUAGCGAUAGCCAAGGCCUCCUUCAGCGCCAUCCUCUUCCGCAAAGAACCCGUCUCGCUCACCAGGCCCGAGAUCGAGAGCUUUCACACCCUCCUCCACGACGCGAUACACCAGUGCUCGCCGGCCAACGUUCAGAAAUGCAAGCGCUGGAUCCUCAAGAACCUGGUCCCCUCGCCGGCGCGCGUCAGCGCCGUCGGCAAAUACCUGGCCGCCCUCUCCAAUUCGUUUCCCGAUGAUGGCAAGACGAAGCCCUCGACGCGAAGGAAGCGUCUGCACAUUCUCUACCUCAUCAACGACGUUCUCUACCACGUCGCCGUGCGCGAUCGGGAUGCGCGCUUCGCGACCGCCCUAGAGGCCAGCCUGACGCCCCUACUCUACGGCGCCGCCAAGUUUCCAAACUGCCCCAAACAGGCAAAGAAGCUCGAGGAUCUGCUGACCCUGUGGGAAAAGCAAAAGUACUUUUCGACGACCGUCAUCGACGACCUCCGCGAGACCAUCAAAGAAGCUCCCCACGGCGGCAAGGUAGCAAAGGGAGAACAGGGCCAGACGGGGUCGAAUCUCGGCUCGAAGCCCGCCAAAGACGCGCCCUACAUGAUUCCCUCGAUCCAUGGCGACCCCAACACGCCCUGGUUCGACCUCCCAGCCGCGAAUUGGCUGCCGCAUCUCACGCCCAACUCGACAAAGGCCAUGAACCCAGACAUGAUCAAGCCGCUGCAGCUCGCCCCAGGACCCGCGGACAAGGCCCUCGCCAAGGCGGUAAAGGACUUGCUCGCGGACGUCGAAAGGCUCUACAACCCAGGCGUGGUCCCGCGAGAUGAUCAGCAGCAGCAGCAGCACACAGGCCUCAGCGAGAUGGGUGAGCGGAUCGUUCUCGACGAGAUCACGGGCGAGGUCGUCGACGGGGAGACGUACUACGGGUGGUCCCGCAGGUUCUGCGAGAAGAUGAAGCAGCGGAGGAAGAAGACGAAAGGGGGGCCGACCGAUCGCGGCCGUGGGCGGUCCGACUCCAGGAGCCGUUCUCGAAGCUCCUCCCGUAGCAGAUCCAGCAGGAGCGACUCUCCGCCGGCCUUUAAACGACGCAGAGUAUCGCCGGACUCGCGGACGCCUAGCCGUAGUCGCAGUCGGAGCCGGGAUCGUCGGCGCAGCCCUGCGCGUGGCAACCGCUACGAUUCGAGAGAUUACAGCAGGUCGAGGUCAAGAUCUAGGUCGAGGUCGCGUGCUCGGUACAGAUCAAGAUCAACGUCGCGCGAUCGUGGCCCAGCAAGAGACCGAGAUAGAGAUAGGGGCCGUGGCAAUGCCAGCAGGUCACCACUGCCACCAUCCGACCGCAAUCGCCACCACAACCCCCCAGACUUUGGGACGGAAAGUCACACCGCCGGCUGGGGACAGCAACAGCAGCCGCCGCCGCCGCCCCCUCCCUCAAGCUACAACUCCUCACAAGUCCAAGCCUUCCCGCCGUACCCCCCGCCACUAUCACAGGCGGCAGGCGGGUUCGGCCACUUCCCUCCGCCGCCACCGCCUCCGCAAGGCUAUCAGGGCCAAUGGCCGCCGCCGCCGCCACCACCACCGCCUCACCUGGGCGGCCCCCCUCCUUCACACGGCUGGGCUCCUCCGCCGCCGGGCCCAGGGGUUCCGCCACCCCACAUGGGCGGCGGCGGGUGGGCAGCUCCUCCUCCUCCUCCACAGCAGCAGCAGCAGUAUAAUAAUUAUCAGCAGUACGGACGAGGCAAUGGCGGCGGGUACCGUGGACGCGGGAGACGAGGCGGAGGCUCUGAUCGCGGCAGAGGCGGGUGGUGA